GUUUUGUUUCAUUCUGCAUUUUCUUUUCAAAUUAUCAAUUAAUUUCAUCUUCAUAUUAGGAUUCUGAAAAACACUCAGUCAUAGAGAGCUAUGACGUUUAUGAAUAACAUUAGAAGCGCUACGAAAGAAGCGUUGGAUCGCACAGCGAUAAUUGCAAAGUUCUUAUGCUGUCUUCACUUCACCGCCAACUACCUCUGUUCCCCAACUCACGCGUAUGGACCCAGUAUGCUCCCUACCCUAAAUAUCGCUGGCGAUGUUGUUCUUGUCGAGCACAUAUCUCCGCGGAUUGGGAAAAUUGGUCAUGGUGACUUGGUUCUUGUUCGGUCACCUCUGAACCCUAAUCGGAACUUGACAAAGCGCGUUGUUGCAAUGGAAGGGGAUACGGUUACUUUCUUUGAUGCUUCCCAUUCUGAUUCCUCUCGAACUGCUGUGGUGCCAAAGGGGCAUGUUUGGAUUCAAGGAGAUAACAUAUACGCCUCCCGUGAUUCACGUCACUUUGGUCCUGUUCCAUAUGGCCUUAUAAAAGGAAAAGUGUUUCUGCGGGUUUGGCCACCCAGUAGCUUUGGACUGCUAGAUAAUUGAAGAUAUUUUAAAGAAGUGCUCCUUUAACUGCAUCUAAUUAUACUUGGAUGAAGCUUCAGCGAUUUCCGUGAAUGUGGAUGUUUGCAAGGGGAACACAUGAAGGAGCAUGCUCCCUUUGUGGCAACAAAAGAUACAUGUUUCGGAGUUUGUUUAAGGUUUGAGCACUAUGCUGUGUGGUAUUACUCUUCAAAUUUUGUAAAAGAAAAGGGUUCGCACUUACAUUCAGAAUUGGUUAGGAACCUUCUGGCAUUUUACCCAAGCUAUAGUUUUUUGACAAUUUAUAUGCAGGAUAGGAUUUCUUUGUUCUUUAUUGUCAUAUUGUACCCUGAAAAUUGUAGACAUAGAGAUUCAAAGGAGUACUUUAUCUAUCUAGUCUCACUUGUCAGGUC